AUGGCAGACAAACGAAAAAAGGCCAACUUGACAGAAAUUGAAAGAAACAACAUUGCACAAUGGCUUCUCCAAAACAACAAGGACUUCAAGCUUCGGUACGGCGCGAAGAAAGAGGCAGCAGCUAUGUUCAACAUCGAUGUGAGGACGGUUUGGCGACUGUGGACAGCAGCACGCGCACAAAAAAUGAUGGGAAGACAUGUACAACUCGUUUCAAUGAAGAAGGGAUCAACACAUAGCGAUAAAAAGGUAAUCGACGUGGAAAAAGUAAAGCAACUAUCCGUUCUAGAGAGAUCAACUAUAAGGAAAAUGGCAAACAAGCUUGAAGUUAGUAAAAGCUUGGUUGGUGUGUGGAUAAAGGAGAAAAAGAUUAGAGCACAUACCAAUACAAUUAAACCUCUUCUAACACAGCAAAAUAGAUUAAGUAGGCUCACUUGGAGCCUUAGUCAAUUAAGUGCAAUUAGUGCAAAUGGAAGAAUCAAAUUUCAGCCUAUGUAUAACACAAUACACAUAGAUGAAAAAUGGUUUUAUUUAACCAAAACAUCGGAUAGGUACUACCUGCUGCCAGAUGAGAUAGAGCCUUAUAGAGCAUGCAAAUCUAAGAGAUUUAUUGAGAAAAUCAUGUUCAUUUGUGUGGUUUCAAGGCCACAAUAUGACAAUGAAGGUAAAAUGAUUUUUGAUGGUAAGUUUGGGAUAUUUCCAUUCACUACGGUGGUGCCGGCAGUUAGGAACAACAAAAACAGAUUGAGAGGCACGUUGGAAACAAAGCCGAUCCAAGCAAUCACAAAGGAAGUGAGCAAAGAUAUUUUCAUCAACCAAAUUAUUCCAACAAUUAAGGCCAAGUGGCCUCGUGGUGCAAGUAGGCAUAUAAUUAUACAACAAGACAAUGCGAAGCCCCACAUUAAAGGUUCAGACCCUGACUUUGUAGCUGCUGCCACAUCAGAUGGAUUUAACAUCCAACUGAUAUGCCAACCACCGAACUCGCCGGAUACAAAUGUGAAUGAUCUAGGGUUUUUCAGAGCAAUUCAGUCCCUACAAGAUGACAAGUUGGCUAAUUGUGUAGAUGAUUUGCUCAAGAACGUGAAAGAUGCAUUUGAAGAGCUUGAGCCACACAAGUUAAACAACGUUUUCCUCACACUACAGGGUUGCUACCAUGAAAUCAUAAAAUGCAGGGGCAACAACAACUACAAGAUUCCACAUAUCAAUAAGGAAAGACUCUCAAGACUUGGAGUUCUCCCAGAAUGUUUGGAGGUGGAAGAACAGCUUGUAAGAGACUGUUUGGAAGAGUUAAGACAACAGCAAACUGAACAAGGCACAAUCUACAACCUUGAUCAACUAGUCGAGGGACUGCAGCAGGUUGUUUUGAUGGAUUAG